AGAUCGCCACGUGACACAUCUCGCCAAUAUCCUUCUGCAAAGCCACUCAGCAUCAUGGCUGCGGAUGCUGCGGAUGCUCUCCUCUCGCUCUGCAUCCCGGCACCAUGGCAGCUGCCGUUGCUGCUUCUCCUCGUCUCGCAUCUUCCUGGUCACGCCCUCGGCCUGUUAGGCUUCCGACCAGAGGACACGAGUCCGGCGCUGUCUGUGCAAAACGGACUGCUGAGGGCGACCGAGGGAACGCGCUUCGUGUUGCGGGUGUACUACGCAGUGUCGCCGCAGAGGAUGAACCGAAACGCGAGCUCCAGAGCGGACUCUACCACCGCGCCGUGGAUCGCUUUUGUCGAGGAGCCGCAGCCGGGCCGAGAGGGUCAAGCUCACCCCAAGCGGAACUUAUGCGUGGAAGAGAGCGCACGAACUUCUGACAUAGAGCUGCUGGGUUCGUUCAAGUCGGCCUCCAGCCAGAAUUCCAUCCUCGUGGAGCUGCUGGCCAAAGACCUACGGCGAGGUGAGAAAGUCAAAUAUUAUUCCAUGUGCGCCUUUGACGGGGCCAAGUGGGAGCACUUUAGGUCCAGGGACUUCUGGCUCGCGGUGGUCGAGCGGCCACCACACGCGGACGGAUGGCUUCAGGCGACUGUUUCUGUGCUGUUGUUGGCUCUGUCUGCACUCUUCAGCGGACUGGUUAUAAGCAUGCUCGCCCUCGACCCCGUGGAGCUGAAAGUGCUCCAAAACAGUGGCACGGAGAAGGAGCAGAAGUACGCGGGCAAGAUUGAGUCCGUGCGCAAACAUGGCAACUACGUUCUCUGCACGUUGGUGUUGUGCAACGUGUUCACCAAUACAUUUUUAGUUGUUUGGAUGUGCCAGAUUCUCGGAGGCACGCCUCUGUCCACCGCCGCUUGCACUUUUCUGAUCUUUGUCGUUGGGGAGAUUCUCCCGCAUUCCGUCGCAUCCAGACACGGGCUGGCCAUAGCAUCUAAAACCAUCUGGCUCACUCGGCUGCUGAUGCUGGUCACUUUUCCCAUCACGUACCCGAUUAGCAAACUAUUGGAUAACAUGUUGCAUCAAGAAAUAAGUAACUUUUACACUCGUGAAAAGUUACUGGCGAUGCUGCGCGUCACAGAUCCCUAUCAUGACCUGGUGAAAGAGGAACUCAACAUCAUACAGGGAGCCCUGGAGCUUAGGACCAAAACGGUCGAGGAUGUUUUGACCCCGCUCAAUGAUUGCUUUAUGCUGGCUUCUGACGCCAUCCUGGAUUUCUACACGAUGUCUGACGUCAUGCAGAGCGGUUAUACUCGCAUCCCUGUUUUUGAGAACGAGAGGUCAAACAUUAUUGACAUUCUGUUUGUUAAAGAUCUGGCCUUCGUUGAUCCAGAUGACUGUACUCCGCUUAAAACCAUCACACAGUUCUACAAACAUCCUUUGCAUUGUGUAUUUAAUGAUACCAAGCUUGAUGCAAUGCUCGAGCAGUUCAAGAAAGGGAAAAGCCACUUGGCCAUAGUGCAGCGAGUCAACAAUGAGGGAGAAGGGGACCCUUUCUAUGAGGUUAUGGGAAUUAUCACCUUGGAAGAUGUUAUUGAAGAGAUUAUCAAGUCAGAAAUUGUGGAUGAGACUGACUUGUACACUGAUAACCGCACUAAACGGCGAGUAUCUCACCACGAGAGGAAACAACAAGAUUUCUCCAUUUUCAAACUUUCUGAGAGUGAGAUGAAGUUGAAGGUCUCCCCUCAGCUGCUGCUGGCUACACAUCGCUUCCUGGCUACAGAAGUGGAGCCUUUCAAGUCGACUUACAUCUCAGAGAAGAUCCUGCUGCGCCUCAUUAAGCAUCCAAGUGUUAUACAGGAGCUGAAGUUUGAUGAGAAGAAAAAAAAAUCGCCAAAGCACUACCUCUACCAGCGCAACAAACCUGUUGAUUACUUUGUGCUGAUUUUGCAGGGUCGAGUGGAGGUAGAGAUUGGAAAAGAAGAGCUGAAGUUUGAAAAUGGUCCUUUCACUUACUAUGGCAUGCCUGCCAUCAUGGCUGUACUACCCACAGUUCACAGGUCACCAUCACGGAGCAGUGGACUAAAUCAUUCAGACACCACCAUCCAUGUGGGGAGUCUGAGCCAGUUGAGCAUAGGUGGAGGGGCUUACCUACCAGACUACUCUGUUCGCCAGCUCACCGACCUGCAGAUCAUCAAGGUCACUCGUAACCACUACCAGAAUGCCCUGACAGCCACGCGGAUGGACAGCUCUCCUCAGACACCUGAGGCAGACACCCAGGCUGGAGGAGAGAGGACCACCAUUCCAGAGACGCGCUCCAACAGCAUUGCACUGCCUCUUCCCCGCUCACACCACCACACACACCACUUCAGACAUCCCCACAGCACUUCCAUGCUCAACGAGAAGAAUCGCAUUGUCCGGAGUAAAUCAGAUGGACAGAAAAGCCCCAGUGACUCUGUGUUCUUACGCAUGGAUGAGAUCCCGUACAUGCGGACGGAAUGUCUAGAGGAACCGGGAGGAACUGAUACUGUAUCUGUACCAAAAGAAACAGGUCUGUCUUCAUCUCAGCUGAUCAGCUCUCACUCUUUGAAUGGAUCAGAUGACAACUUGGGCAAGAAGCUGCUGCGCAAACUAAGUAACAAGAAACGGAAAAGGUCACGUGAUGGAGAGAAGCCAGUAGAGGACAUUUGUGAACUGUCCCAGGUGAAGACCUAGCACAUCAGAACUAACAGUUCAGCCCUUGCCUCUCUCACAUUUCUACAUCUCCCACCAAUGUGAAACGUCCUAGAUCCGUCCUGACAGAUUCUAAACAGGAAAGGAGUUCAAUGUGGACAGAGAUGGCCUCUACAGAAGAUGAAUGAUAAGACCUUGCUGUCAUUAUUUUUAUCUAGACUUUUCGUGCUCUUGAGCUGAAGGAUUUUGUUACAUAAGGUCAUGAAAAUGUCAGGACACGGUGUGCUUUCAGGCACCUGUGACAUUACCCAGCCUAUCCAGCCCAGGUUUGUGAUGUGGCGUGGGAACAGCAAAUAUCCAAGACACAAACAUCUUGUUCUUACGUUUUUAAGGUACCACAAUUUUUUUUCAGUACUGUCUACUAUUUGAAGGCUUUUUGCUGAUGAUGUCAUCUCCAGUCACUGUGGUGAUUUCACAUGAACCUCUAGUGCAGGUAAAGCUUACAAGCACAAGCCUGCAGCGUUAUUCAUCUCAUUAACAUGAUAUCAUGUUAUCAUCAUAUUAACAUGAUACUUCUUCAGUAUUACUUUAAAAGAAUUAAUUAGUGUUUGUUUCUUCGUGGAGAGGUAUUAGCAAGGCUGGGUCUGGAACUAUAUAAGAUAAUUUAGUGAUAACAGAGCACUUUAAGUGAAGGCUGAUCAUUGUAUUCAGUUGAAUAGUUUACUUAAGGUGUUGAUAUAGGGGAAGUGAAUGAAACUGCCUAUAUUAGGUAAGUGCUUUUUUUUUCUUUCUUUUUUUUUAAACACUCUUAGCCAAAUGGGAAAUUUUAUAGUGCUGUAAAAAUGCACUGUAUCUGUUUUCUUUUAUUUCCAUGAGAGUACUUUUUAGACCAAUUGAUGUUUUGCCACAGGCACUAGGUGAUAAUGCAAGUGGUUUAUUGGAAGAUAUCAGAACACAUUCAGCUGAUCUCAGCAUUAUUCAUACAUGCAGGAUGCUUAAAAGUCUAAGCACAUCCAGUCAACAGGUUUUACAUUAAGAAAGUAAUUAUAUAAUGGCAUGCUUUUCUUAACUAUUGCUACAAUUUAACAGAAGCCA